AAAAAAUAUACCAAAAGUUCAUUUCCGGCAUCAUGUUUGUGAGCAGCAAACGCAUAUUUUUCGCCAGUCACAAUGUGGAAUCAACGGAACCUCACUGCACCACCACUGGUGACCCUCAAAUCAUCCCUGCCGGCUCGUGAGAUACAGGAGACUCGUCAAUGUGUUCAUGAAGCGAAGAAAUGUCUCAAUUUAGAUACUUUGGGGCCACCAGCAGCUCGAAUCUCUCGACUUAUUGCGAGGAUGUCUCAUCAAUUUCGCUCUACGCCCGGAUUCAAGUCUAUCCGGAAGUUAAAUAUAGCCCUCCUGCGAGCAAAGGAGAUUAAAAUUGAAAGCUGUAUUGAUAAUAUCCUGGCUUGCUUUCCGGCAUACUUGGGAGAGAUGCAGGGUGGAGUCUUACUCCCAUCGAGACAGUAUUUCGAAUACACCAUGUUGAAAAUGAUGGGAUUCGCCAAAAUUCUCUGCAGAGUCGUCUACAUGACAAAGGAAGUUGCACGAUUCUUCUUGUCCACACUGAAUUUGGGUCAUUUUCUUGAGUUGGGAACUGUUGUUCUGGCCACUGUGGCUGAAAUAUGGAAGUGCAGUAGAAAUCUCUGCAAAAACACCGUUCUUAUGUAUAACAAAAUGAUUGGGAUGCGGAAGAAUUUCGUUCGAUCUGGGCAGGAUUUCCUCAAAAGUUUCCACCUUCCUCAGCAUUUGGAGCAAUGGCUAGGAGGAGAUUGGGAAGACAUCACCGAGGAACAUACACCCUUUACACAGAAGAAAUCUCAAACUACCAUCUUGGAAUUUAGUGAUGAUGAGGACGAACAGCAGAGGAAAAUUCCUGAACAACCAAUUCAAAUGGAAGUUACUGAAACUCAUCAUGUGGAAGAAACAGGAAUUGCCAUUGACAGACGAACAUUUUCCACACAUACUCACCAUUCAGUGACUGAUCGAAAAUCUCUGAUAAAGUUUCUGCAAAAUGAGAAUGAGUUUAGGGAGAAAAAAGAUCCGAAAUGUCUCACAGCAUCCUUAUCAGGGAAGAAAUGGCAAAAAUUCCGGGAAAAAGUGGAAAAUGCAUCGAGAACAAAGUCAAAAAGUGACCUUUUAACUUUUUUCAGGACCAAAUGGAAGAAGAUGCUUCCAGAGAACACCUGUUGACUGAUUUUAUGUACACUGGUUUUAUUUUGAAAUUACACAGAAUAAUAAUAUAAUUGCUAAUUACAAAAGAGAA